AUGGAGGAAAAACGCACCGGAACCCCUCCACCGGCGGUUCCAGCUGCUGAGUCUUCGGCCUCAGAUGCGCCUUCGACCACGAGGCGUAGAGGUGGAAACCAAAAGAGAAAGGCAAGUUCUCUCAGUGGCGGAAACAAUUCGGCUCCUCAAUCGACGAAGCGGCAGGCUCGUGAGAAGCUGCCGCCGGUACCGUUCCCUCCGAUCCAUAAUGGUCCGUUAACUAGAGCGCGACAGCAGCCGAAUAACAGCGUCGCCGCUGCUAGUUCGCCUUUGUCUUCAGAUGUGAAGAGUGAAUUGGAAGAGGCGGCUUUGGCACAGGCCGGAGGGGGAGAAAUUCUCAGCUCAGACCAGGCGAAUGAGGUGGGAAAUGAGGAUUGGGAAGCUCUGGAAGCGAGAAUUGAAGCUGAUUGUGAAGCUACCAGAUCACGAGAUUCUAAUGUGCACGUGGUGCCCAAUCAUGCUGGUUGGUUUUCUUGGACAAAAACUCAUCCAUUGGAGGAGAAAACGUUGUCAUCUUUCUUUAAUGGGAAAUCAGAAAGUAGGACGCCUGAAAUGUAUAUGGAGAUUCGUAAUUGGAUUAUGAAAAAGUUCCAUCAUAAUCCGAAUGCAAAGAUCGAGUUGAAAGAUUUGUCAGAAAUAACGGUAGGUGAAUUGGAUGCAAGACAAGAGGUGAUGGAGUUUUUGGACUACUGGGGCUUAAUUAAUUACCACCCAUUUCCAGAUACUGAUGUCAGUUCUAAACGUAUUGAUGGUGCUUCUGAUGAAACAACACAAGCCAAGUCUUUGGUAGAAACUUUGUUCCGCUUUGAGUCAGAGCAAUCGUGCGUUACGGUUGCACCAAGGAGUAGUGUGUCGACACCAUCGGUGCCCACUGGUUUUUUUCCUGAGUCUUCUAUUGCUGAAGAAUUGGUGAAGUCAGAGGGCCCUGGAGUGGAGUACCAUUGUAAUUCUUGCUCAGCUGAUUGCUCUCGCAAGCGUUAUCAUUGCCAGAAGCAGGCAGAUUUUGAUUUAUGCAGUGAAUGUUUCAACAGUGGGAAGUUUAAUUCUGAUAUGUCUCCAUCAGAUUUUAUCAUCAUGGAGGCUGCGGAGUCAGGUGGUUCUAGUGGUGGGAAUUGGACAGAUCAGGAGACCCUCCUUCUGCUUGAAGCUUUGGAACUUUUUAGUGAAAAUUGGAGCGAGAUAGCUGAGCAUGUUGCAACAAAAACUAAAGCUCAAUGCAUAUUGCAUUUUGUUCAAAUGCCGAUUGAGGAUGCAUUCUUUGAUAGUUGUGAUGAUACCAAUGAGAGUGUAAAAGAAAAUUCGAAUGCAGUUUCAACUAAUAUUGAUACUUCAGCUCCAGAAAAUGUCCAGGAAGCUACAGAGAGCAAUGACAGGGGGAAGGACGACAAACCUUCUCCGGUAACAGAAAGUUUGAAGCCUGAAGAAGUCAAUGGACCAACUGUUCAGGAAACCAGUGAGAACUUUGCAGUGAAGGCACUUACUGAAGCAUUUGAAGCUGUUGGUUCUCUCCCUUUACCUGGUGAACGCCUUUCAUUUGCUGACGCUGGCAAUCCUGUGAUGACCCUGGCAGCAUUCCUGGUGGGAUUGCUGGAACCUAAUAUCGCCACUGCCUCUGCUCGUAGUUCUUUAAAAUCCAUUUCGAGCCAUCAUUCUGGUGACCAGCUGGCACUGAGGCACUGCUUUUGUUUGGAAGAUCCACCUGCUGACAAAAAGUCAACGUGCACAGAAAGGGUUGACACUGAAAUAGUUGCGGAAGACACUCUACAAAGUGAAGAGCAAAAUGCUGAAAAGCAAGAGGAGAAUGAUGCCCCAGUCAUUGAUGCUAACCAUGGAUCAAACAACAUUGACUGUGGAAGUGGUGAGGAUAAUGUCCAGGAAAAGGGGGAAACUUUGUCUUCUUCAGGGCUCGCAUCUGCAGAUGAGUCUGCUUCAACCAAGGAAUUGAAUGAAAUGGCUAAUGAGGAACCUGGGCCUAUCCAAAUCAGUAAAUCAAAGGAUCCAGAUUCGCCAAAGAAAGUUGCAUCUGUUGCUCAACAAAAAUCGGAUGAUCUAACAAUGGAUGUGGAAGUUCCUCCUGGUUUUGAGAAGGAGCCAGAUAGUACUGUGCUAUCUGGUGAACCUUCUGAAUCUACUGAGGUUCCGAAAGAUAAGGAGAUAUUACCUAAUUUAGAAGUUAAUGAUCCUGCGAAACCAGCAAUUUCAAAUUCAGCGGGUGAGAAAGAAGAGAAUCGAGAUGCAGAAGCAAAAACUUCUAUCAAUGAGGAAAAAUGUGCUCCAGAGAUAAAAAAUGAUGUCACUCUAGGUAGGUUGAAAACCGCUGCCAUUAGUGCUCUUUCAGCUGCCGCUGUGAAGGCAAAGCUUCUUGCUGACAGAGAAGAAGAACAGAUUCAUCAACUUGUUGCUCACUUGAUUGAGAAACAGUUGUUUAAGUUGGAAACAAAGUUGGCUUUUUUUAGUGACAUGGAGAAUGUGGUAAUGAGAGUUCGGGAACAGUUAGAGAGGUCAAAGCAGAGGCUUUUCCAUGAGCGAGCUCAAAUAAUUGCUACAAGACUUGGCAUAUCUGCUUCUAGACCAACCGCACAAUCCUUGCCCAUAAAUAGAGUUGCAACGGCUUUCGCGAAUGGACCAAGACCAAUUAUUGGUAUACCUACUCCACCUCCAAUUGCAAAACCAAAUAAGCAUUAG